AUGCUGGUCACUGAUGAUUACAGACACCAGCAGCCUGGGGGUGGCGAUGUGGCUCACAGGCACCCGUCAAACAUAUCAAUAGAGUUCUUUGUGAGCUACAUCGUUGCCAUUGGCCACGCUUUAUUUUCAGACCCCGACCGGCUAGCGAAAGGCAGGAAGGACAAAGAGCGUGCUCGUGGACAUCCGGGGCCUCGGCCGACGUCCCUGGUUUUCUGUCCCCUGGAUGCUGUUGGUUUCCGCGGUCCCAAGGCGAGGGACGCUGUGAAGCAACUCAUCAUCUCCGAGCCCUCGUCAUCGUUCCAUCGCUCGUCCAUCUAA